GUACUAGAUGCACCUGCUCCUUGUCGUUUCUAUCUCUGACUUUAUGUCCUCUACAAGAGUUUCUGGGUUUUUUUUGUGGUUCUUCAAAUAUUCAAUAAAAACAUGUAUGCUCAUUCAUAACGAAGAGAGCUUUGUAACUAUCCCCACUAGUGAAGACUGUCAUUUCCACAAUACUGCCCCCCCCCAGGUCCGCAGCGCUGUUGAAAAGGCUCUGGAGGUCCCUGUAUUAAGCACGUAAACCUGUGACACAAAAAUCACCAAACUGAGACCACCACAGACUGUUUUCCUUCGUGUUGAUGAAGGAAAACACUGGGCUGGCAUGUAAAAAGGCAUUUAUUCCCUUCAAGGACCUGAAGCUCCAUAAAGCACCCCUCCAAUAGCCCAACCCACCUGUUCUCUGAUUGGAUAGUUAUCAAUCAGAUGAAAGGAAGAAAAACAGGGUCAGAUAUGGAUUUUAGCCCUAUGUUUCAGCCUUCUUGUUUUUGUGAUAUAUAACAAGAUAGCAGAUGGCAAACUGCAAGUUAUAUCGUGUUGAUGAAUAUGUAUGAGGUAUUUCCACUCUUAAUGGAGCACUCAGCUACACCUCUAACAGCUUCAGUAAACCUAUAGUGGAGAUAAGCCUUCAGGCCCUCUUUGUGCAUCUUUGGUCUCCAUUACCUUCUUUGAUGCAUGUAAUCCUCAUUAUGUGGUCCUUACAUUUCCUCGCCUCCAUACACGAACAGCUUCAAACGUCUUUCUGUCUGUUUUAUAUAACCCAACACGCAUAUCUUUGGACUGUGAGAGGAAAUCAGAGUACCCAGAGGCACGGGGAAAACAUCCAAACUCAAUGCAGAAAGGCCUCAGGAUUGGAACCAAGGACCUUCUUAUACUAACACACAAACUGUCCUGAAUGACAAUAAAGUGGCUAUUCUAUUCAAAUCGGUUCUAUUCUUGCUGUCAGUGCUAACCACUGCAUUACUGUGCAGCCCAGUAUCUGAUCUCAGUACCGAUAAUCUUCAUUAUUUACUUUUGUCUUUUUUCAUCAGAUUUUUUAAAGGUUUAAACAGAAGAAACUUGAUGUGACACACAUAUCAGUCAACACAGCCAGUUGUGACCCAUACCAAUAUUCGACCAAUGUUUUGGUUUAUUCCAAUAAAAGGGAGGGAAAAAAAUGAGUGAAACCAACUGGUUGACUGGUCACAUACAUCCUUUAUCCACUGUCACUGUAGCAACGGUGCCAAAAGUUCACUGACUCGAGCUACUCAGGUGUGCAGAACAUGCCCUUAAACGAUGAUCUGAACAACCACUCUGAAUUACUUUUACUCUUACACUUUAAUGCAGCGUGUUAGAUUUUAUGAUGGAAACUGAAAGCAUUAAGUGUCUUAUAAAGCGUCUGCUUUAUCACCCUUAUUGAUGAUAGUUUACAAAAUGAACAUCAUGACCUCCAAAUAGCGACUGAGACCAUAAACUCAUCAAGAGAGCAUUUACUGUGGUCUGAGAACGAGAGAGCAGAGGUCUGUCUUGACAUAGAGCUCGUUUUGCAACAGGACUUGGCCCAAGUUUAAGGUAAUACCGCACUGACUUCACUUUUCAGCUCAACUAAAUCCGGUGCUUUUCACUCCAGAGACUGAAUCUUUUCUUCGUUUUUUUUAAACCUGUGAAUUCUCCAAUGGCCUGUGGAAUCAUUAUCCAGUGACCUCCUGAAUUAACAUCCUCCACCCGUUCGGCAGCUGGGUAAAAAGGCUGAGGUUAGAGCUGGACAGAUCAUCUCAGUGGAAUAUAUAAUUAGUCUCAUGAUCUGCAGUAGAUGGGUCGUACUAGCAGACAGGUCACAUUGAGUCCCAGUGGAAUUUUUUCCAGCAAAUUUAGGUAGGCAGCGUUGUUUAAAUAGAAACCUGAAUCAUGGUUUCGUUCACAUUUGAACGCUUGAGACUCUGUAAUAUACAACAGCUGCUGCACUGGCCUUUUCUUCUACGACAAUAUUAAUUACAGCAGCCUUGAAUAAUCUCUUCUCUUUCACUUGGCUCAGUGCAAUGUGCACUCUGCUGAAAAAAUUAAUGAAUUUUUGUUGCUUUUUCUCUGGAUUACUUCUGGUUUUAAAUCAGAGUUUACAUGUAGCUGCUCCCUUCAGAAGCCCCACUGUUAAUCUGUAGUUGCUGCUCGUAUCGCCUCAUUAAGGAUCCUCAAGUUUCUAGAACAUAUGGGUGAAUAACUGAGCUGCCUUUAUUUAGACUGUUGGAUGUUUUCAUGUGCUGUUCAGUCGUAGGUACAUGUCUCUUUGCUUGCCAGGCGCCCCUGGCUGACCCUACAGAGAUCAACUCCAGGAAGCAGCCCGCCAAGUGGGUGUGUCUGUGAGUGUGGCUGAAUACUGGGUUUCAGGUAGGCCUGGUGGGCGUGUCCUGUCUAGAGGAUGGCCACACCUGAAGCAGAUGAUCACACACACCUGCAGGUAAUGAAGCGUCGUUGGGGAGCUUCUUAAGACUGUGGCUGAGCGCUCCUCAGCGUGGGAUCGUUGUGUGAGACUCCACGUUAGUGUCGAUAAUUGUCAAGUCCAGUGAGUGCAUGCCUGCGGUAGUCGAGUGUCCUGACAAGUUGCAGCAUUUUUACAAACCAAUUCUGGUUCAUCCGUUUCAUUCAACGAUCCGCUUUCGGCUUUCUCAUUCUCCGUCGCCACCAUGCUUUUUCCGCCAUGGAGUAAGGAGGAGAUGGCUGAGCUCAUCAAACUCCGGGGUGAAAACAAACACCUGUUCACUGGUGCCAGGAACUCAGCCGCUGCGGGUUGGAGGGCAAUCCUGGAGCAGAUGGGCCUGGCGGGCCAAAUCACCCCGUUGCAGGCGGGAAAAAAAAUGGGACAAUCUAAAGAAAAAAUACAAAGAUUGCAAGUAUCCCGCAUCAGGUGAGGGGGUGAGUGGGAAGACCACUGCUGCCACUUGGCCCUGGUUUGUCCCAAUGGAUGAGGUCCUAGGACAGAGGCCUUCUACCAGGCCUCCAGUCCUAAUUGCCUCCAUGCAGGAGGACACUCCAGGGCCCAGUACAGCAGUGGGCACCCAAGAGCAGGAUGUGGAACGGCGGGAGAAUGAGGCCCAGCUGGAGGCACGGCCAGAAAAGAGGAAGAGGGACAGGGAGGAUGAAGUCCUGGAAUUGAUAAAAAAGGACAUGAGGCUACAGAGGGAGAUUGAAGAAAGACGUGCCGAGCGAAUGGACAGGAUCAUAUGUCUACUGGAGAAGGUUGUGGAAAAACAAAAUGAGUAAGGUAGUGUGAAUAGGACCCAUUGUACAAACACUUACAGUUGUCAUAUUUAUGUUUGUGCAGGAUAUGUGAAAUGUGGACGAAAUAAUUUAAGUUCUGUUAAUACAAGUUGCACUUUUUAUUUGAAUUGUUGAACAAAUGUGAAAAAUGAACAGAAUGUACAAAGU